AAGUUUAACCACAGAAAAGGCCACUCUGGUCGGGGCAUUGAGCAAUAUUCAGUGCGUGAAAAGUGACAUCAGUUGGGAAGUGAAAAUAGACGCUGGUGUCGGCAAUGAAUGUUUUUUCCCUCAAGCCUCUGAGAAGCUUGAAGAAAGACGGUUCUCUGCCUUCUCUCCAGUUCCCCCCAUGGCUCCUUGUCUCCUCUCGGAGUGGAUCCUAAUGGUCCUCGCUACAGAUCUCACGGCAUCAGGCUCCCCGGUGAGAGGACUGGUGGGUCAGAACGUCACGCUGCCCUGCCGAUACCGAGUUGAUCGUGAAAGUGACAUCACAAGCAUGUGCUGGGGCCGGGGCAGCUGCCCUUCUUCCACGUGUGCUCAGCCCAUCCUCUGGACAGAUGGACGGGGGGUAACGUGGCGUCAGUCCAACAGAUACCAGUUAGAGGGGGACCUCACGCGGGGGGACGUGUCCCUGACCAUAGUGAAUGCGGCGGAAGCAGACGAAGGGCUGUAUUGCUGCCGUGUGGAGAUCCCCGGUUGGUUCAAUGAUGAGAAGAGCCACCUGGAAGUUGUGAUUGAGAGAGCAAAGACUUCCACUGCACUUCCUCACACGUACCCAUCUGAACGUAGCUCAGCUGCUGUGGAUGCCAGUGACCCCUCUUCCAUCAUCCUGACACAACGGCCGUUGGCUUCCAGUUCAGAAGCGCCUCCGGCUGUUUCAGCGCAGAAUAUGUCCACGUCAGUCGACCAGCUUCGGGAGCCAGAAUCCACGAAGACAGCGAUAUAUGUCGGCGUCUGCGUGGUGCUUCUAGCCAUCCUGGCGGGGGCCUUGGUUGUCUCCACAAGGUAUUUCCACAACAAACAGAAGCUGAAGACGUUGCAAACCGAGAGCGCAGUCUCGCUUUCCAGCCCCGAAGGCGGAGGCAUCCAGAGGCCCUUAGAAGCCAGGGUGCGUGCUGAAGAGAAUAUUUACACGAUGGACUCAUGUGGUGUGUCUGACACGGUCGUGAAAGUACGUAAGGGGCAGUCCGUCAAGCUCCCCUGCACCUACAGCGUUAGGCAAGUGAGUGACAUCAGUGUCAUGUGUUGGGGCCAGGGGAUGUGUCCGAUCUCGAAAUGCAGCAAUGAAAUUGUCCGCACGGAUGGGUGGAAGGUGACCUCCGCACAGUCUCACAGGUACCAGCUCCACGGUGCAAUCGCCAAUGGGGAUGUGUCCCUGACUAUAAGCAACGUCGGCAUCCGGGACAAAGGGAUGUACUGCUGCCGCAUUGAAAUCCCUGGACUUUUCAAUGAUAUCAAACGAAACCUGAAUUUGAAGAUUGAUCCAGCCCUCACUACUCGUGCAACGACAACCACCACUGCCCCGCCCCUGGCAAUCACGGCUGCCCUCCCAGAACCCACUACUGCACCCGUUACACCCACUUCUGACCUCCCAGCAACGACUCCUUCCCCAACAACCACCAUUUUUCAGUCAAAUCCUGCAUCCACGGAAGAUGGUUUCAUUUUCUCCACAACGGAGCUUGUUCUCCAGACUGCGGACUCCCCGAUGACCGAUUUGAUCUCGGAGGGGACUGCGGAGGUCGGUACGGCUUUCAUCCCAGAAGAUGCCCUCAGGACAGGGACUGUUCCCGUGGGGACAUUCCAGGCCCCUCCUGAGGCGAGUGACGCGAAUGUGAAUUCUUACGCUGCGUUUUCCUCCACGCCUUCAGGAGACUUGGCGAACGAGGGACGUGGCCAAGAGACCACAACAGAUUCAAAACUUCAGUCACAGGAAAGUGCAGAUAAUCAAAAACAGCACUUGGAGAAUGAAAUUCCAACCAUAAUCAUCUGUAUGGCGGUGGCAUCCCUUCUCUUAACGUUGCUGCUGGCAGUGCUAGUGGCCAACAGAUGCUCGAGAAAGUCUCCACAGUGUUGUCAGAAGGGGAUGAAAAGGAGUUCAGAUUCACCCAGAGAGCCUGAAAAAAUCCUCAACGAAGUAGAAAAAGAGACUAGCCUUUUGAUUCUGCAGCCGAUACCUGAUGACAGUCCAGGAUCACAGGAAACGUCUCACAGUCCUGAGGAAUCCGGCAUCUAAAAGAGUCUACGCUGGGAAAUAAAAAUUAAUUCUUUGCUAACCCUGGCAGAAAGGAUGGGUACAAAUCAAAUGCCAAAUCCAAACACCUGACCUAUGGGGAGUUUAAAACCUAGAGUCAGAUUUUACUCAAAGAUAUUUAGGCACUUAACUUCUAGGGGCUCCUCUGGGAAUUUAGGCUUUUUCCUCGUGAGCCAUCUUUCAAGUUCCUGAAUACAAUGGCUAUUGGAAGAUAUCUUACCUGGCUCUUGCAUCUCAAAUUUCUUAGGCCAAAUUUCUAGAGCCGCAAGGUCGGUUUAAGGUACACAACUCCAGCUAUGUAAAUAACGUAGCUGGAGUCUACUUACCUUAAGCCAAGCUUGGCACUGUGUUCACAAGAGGAGACUGACGGAAGCAAUUGGUUUCCCUUACUCCUCACAAAUUGAGAAGUACCACAGGCAACUGGAGGUGUCCUCAGGGUGCGAUUUAGUGGGUCCUUACUAGAUCUGGUAAAUCGAACACCAGAAGAUCGAUCUCCAGCAUGGCAAGUGGAGACACGACCUAAGGCUCUUAAGCCCCAACCCUGGAAUUGCUUCCGUCUGAGUAACGUCAAAGCACAUGAGGAAUCUUGCUGAAGCCAAUUGGACUACGCAAUGCUGAGGAUCUGUGCUUUACAUACUAACAACAGUAGGGGGGCUGGAACAAGUUGUAUAGUGGGGGUGCACAGUAAACCUUGCAUUGGGUGGAAACCACUGGAAGCUAGGGCCUGUGGCAUCACCUCGACUUCUAGCACCUCCGAAUAACAGCCUUUGCAUCGGGUGUUGUAUUACUGCUUGCAAUUGGUUUUGCUUUUCCUUAGGUCCCCCUCUCCUGGCUGCCUGAUGACAGGUGGUGGAGUGAGCAAUAAUAAAGAAAACUAACUUAAUUGGUUUGCAAUGGCA